AUGCGCAACCUCGCGGUAUCUUUUGAACGAAGCACCACCCAAAAAAAGUGUUCCUCGUCAUUUUUUCUUCGCAAUCAUCCUCGACGUCGUCGUCGUCGUCCAAUUAGGGGAAGUCACGUUGUGCGCGCUUUGAAAGAAGAUGAAGAUGAAGACAAAGAAGACAAAGAGCAUCCCGAAAAUGCCAUCGAGCCAGUUAUCUUCUCUUUAAACGAAAACUCGAAAAGAAUAAAGCUCGCAGAUGCCGCGCGGUGGCUCGGGUGGACCGUUCUCGAUUGGAACACGAGAAUGGUGGUUGGGAAAGUGGUUCAAAUAUUAGCCACGAGCGGAGGCGAGAUCGAGGUGGAAGUGGAAGGCGAGACGAGUUCAGAGGACGCGUUAGAGUUUUUAGAGGCGUUGUCCUUCGGAAUGAUGAGUAAUUCGAGUGUGGUGGAGGCAAAUGAAAAGGAGGAUGCGGGAGAAGACGCAGACGAGAGCGGUUCCGUCGCUGAGGAUAUCGCGGCGUAUACGUUGCUCGUGCAUAAAGAAAGCGACGUGGACGACGACGACGACGACGACGACGCAGACGACGAUAGCAACUGGCAAUACAUUCCGUUUGCACCUGCGUUGUUCCCGAAAAUGAUACCGAUGAAGAAAAUUUUGUUCAUCGAUCCGCCGGUUGGACUGUUGAGAGGACGAGGAGGGAGAGACGCGUUCGACGCCGAAGGGGAUAGUUUAGACGACUCCGAGUUGAAAGAGGCGUUGGAUCAGUUGAAGUUUGAUUUGAUGCCGUACGCGAGAACGUUAGGCGAUAAUCACUACGGCAUGCCCUCGAAAAGAUCGCUGGAGAAAGAAAAUAGGAAAGAUUUAAUCAAACGAGUGGAAAAGUUGUUCGGGUACGAUUGGUUGACGAUGGCGGUUUUGUUAGAUUUCGAGCCAUUCCGGAAACCUUUUUAUUACUGGGAUAACAUUGAGAAUUUAGCGGACGAGUUGAGAGCGUUAGUGCACGCGAUGUGGUUUGAACAAGACGACAUGUCAGCUUCUGGUAGCGGCGAAGACGACGACGAUCAACGCACGUUUUGGUACAACGACAUCUCCGGAGCGAUUUCGUUCGCGAAACCAGACGAAGACGACCACGAUCGGCACAUGGUCAUGCCAACGAGAAGAGACUUAAUCGACGCGAGAAGGUGGGAUUUGCAUCACGCGGUGGUGUUACACGGUGGAUACGGUGCAGUGGCGAAGACGUUGAAGUGGCCAAGAGCGAGGUGGGCGGAAGAUCGUCACUUGUUGAACUUUGACAUCUUUUCUAAAGAAUUGUUGGAUUGCAUGGAGAACGAGAUAUUCGACCAGGACGAGGACGAUGAAGUCAGCGAUGAGAGAAUGAAAAACAAAAAGAUUGGCGCAAGCACGCGACUUCCUAGCGCUUUGGAAUUACGUAACGUUGGACGCGACGAUCUCGCCAGACACAUGGUCGAACACGGCGGUCCAGUCACGGUGGCCAAACGCAUGCGCAUGAAACCGGGCAAAGGCGCCUGGAUUCGCGCUCGACGCGAAAACGACGUCAAUUCGUUCAAAAUAUACUUGAAAACGCUCGCAGAAGACGUUCGAACGUUUGCCAAAGAGCAAAGAAAAAGUCAGAAAGAUUUUUUGUACAUGCCAACGGACGAAGAGCUCAUCAACGCCGGUCGUCACGAUCUUCGGUACCGCGUGAAAGAAAUCGGAAGCGCAACGGUGGCAAAAUACGCAAAGUUGCAGAAUCGAACGGAAAAAAUGUCCCUCGCCGAAGCGAGAGCGUUUUUGCACGAAGAAAGUUUACAGAGGAAGUAUUUUCGUGACGGGAAACGCGUCGAAUUCGUGCAUUUUGUGAAGGAAGAGACAGGGAAACGCAUGCCUUGGAACAUGCCGAGAGACCCGAUGCGAUUUUAUCGCCAACGCGAAGAGUGGGUGUCGUGGGAACAUUUCUUGAAGCCGGUCGCGGACGAUGUAAACGAGAAGGACAACGAGUUGAACACACAGAGUAGUCGCGCGUAG